AUGAAGUUUUUAUUUAAACUCCAGAUUUUUAACUCUGUUUGGACCCCGAAGUCACCUUGUAGAUUCUUCAGCAAACAUUGCCGAGGAUUUGCCCCUCAAAAUAUCUCUGGCUAUGAAUCCCCGAUCCUCUAUAAAGAGUUGCCAGAGCACUUUAAUUUUGCAAGUGACGUUUUGGACAAAUGGAGUCAAAUGGAAAAGAAUGGAGAGAGAGCCUCCUCAAUCCCAGCCCUCUGGUGGGUAGGUGAUCAAGGCAAUGAAGUAAGGUGGGGUUUUGAGGAGUUGGGAUUUCUAACCAGGAAAGCAGCCAAUGUACUCUCUGAUGCAUGUGGUCUGAAAAAGGGAGACAGAGUUAUAGUGAUGCUACCCCGGAUACCAGAAUGGUGGUCGAUAACAGUGGGCUGCAUAAGAACAGGAAUUAUCUAUAUUCCAGCAACAACCCAGCUGACAGCUAAUGACAUUUUCUAUAGACUCCAGGCUUCUAAGGCCAAAUGCAUCAUUACCAAUGAUACACUGGCACCUGCAGUGGACUCAGUUGUGUCCAAGUGCCAGUUUCUAAAAAUCAGGCUAAUGGUAUCCGAAGGCAGGAGGGAUGGAUGGCUGGACUUCAAGGAACUACUCAAAGCUGCACGUGGUGAUCAUGACCCUGUUAAGACAAAGAGUCAAGAAGCAAUGACUAUCUACUUUACUAGUGGAACCACAGGUUACCCCAAAAUGGUGGAACAUUCUCACAGUAGUUUUGGUAUUGGAAUGACCUCGACUGGAAGGUUUUGGUUGGAUUUAAAUCCCUCUGACAUAUUGUGGGGCCUGUCUGACCCAGGCUGGGUAAAAUUUGCCUAUGGCUGUUUCUUUUCUCCAUGGAUUCUGGGAGCGUGUAUCUUUACACACAGCAUGCUGCAGUUUGAGGCAACAACCGUCCUGAAUUGUCUGUCCAGGUUUCCUAUAACCUCUUUCUGUGGUACACCAACUGUUUAUCGCAUGCUGGUGCAGCAUGAUCUUACCAGCUACAAGUUCAAGAGCCUGAAGCACUGCCUAAGUGGGGGUGAGCCACUCAACCCUGAAGUGAUGGAGAAAUGGAAAAGCAAAACAGGGAUGGAUAUCUAUGAAGGAUACGGCCAGACUGAAACAGUUUUGAUAUUAUCAGUUUGCAAAGGGAUGAAAAUUAAACCUGGUGCUAUGGGAAAGGCAUCUCCUCCUUAUGAUGUUCAGGUAAUAGAUGAAAAUGCUAAUAUUCUGCCUCUUGGGGAAGAAGGAGAUAUUGCCAUCAGAAUCAAACCAACAAGGCCAUUUUGUCUUUUCUCUCACUACGUGGAUGAACCAGAGAAAACUGCUGCAUCAGAACGUGGGGAUUUUUAUAUCACAGGAGACAGGGGCAUUAUGGAUGAAGAUGGAUACUUCUGGUUUGUUGGAAGAGCUGACGACGUCAUUUUAUCUUCUGGGUAUCGUAUUGGACCAUUUGAAGUAGAAAAUGCCUUGAUGGAGCACCCGGCAGUAGCAGAAGCAGCUGUUGUCAGCAGCCCAGAUCCCAUCAGAGGAGAGGUGGUGAAAGCCUUUGUUAUUCUGUCUCUUGACUUUGCAUCACGUGAUCCAGAAAAAUUAACUAAGGAGCUGCAAGAGCAUGUCAAAAAAGUUACUGCACCAUACAAGUAUCCCAGAAAGGUGGAAUUUGUUCAACAGCUACCAAAGACAAUCUCUGGGAAAAUCCGAAGGAAGGAUUUAAGGAACAAAGAGUGGGGGAGAACUUAG